AUGGACUUCACCCUCUCGGGCGCGCAAAAGGCGCCGCCUCUCCGCGCCGCCCCCUCGCUCGACGGCUUCUCGCCACGCCGCUGCCGCCACGCCCAGCCCAUCCCCUCGGCCACGCCCGGCACCUCGACGGAUCCACCCUACCUCGUACACCUCGCAUCCCUCUCCACGCCAAACCCGUCUCUGCUCGCCGUAUCGCACCCCUCGCUCCUCACCCUCGUCGACAAGGCCACCCACAGCGUGCUCCACCACGCCAGCCUCGCAGACGCCCACCGCAUCACACAGCUGCACGCCCUCACCCCGGGCGGCCUCGGCUCCACCUUUAUCGCCUCCAGCACAGCCGGGACCGUCUCGUCAUUUGACGUCCGCUCACCCUCGGCCCUCACCCAGCCCACCCUCGUGCUGCGCGGUCCAAGGGGCGCGCCCUACCACAGCGUCGCCGCUUCCCCGCACGCCACCAACCCGCACCUCGUAGCCGCGGGCACCGAGCUCGUCGGCGUCGAUGCCCACGUCGACAUCUACGACGUGCGCAGCCCCGCCGCACCCCUCUUCCGCUACACCGAGUCGCACUCGGACGACGUCACCUCGCUCCGCUUCCACCCUUCGCCCCACCACGCCGACAUCCUCGUCACCGGUAGCACAGACGGCCUCGUGUGCGCGAUAGACACCACCGUCGACAACGAGGACGACGCCGUCAUCGCCGUCGGCAACACGGCCAGCAGCGUCGCCCGCUCCGGCUGGGGAGGCGGAGGAAGCCAGGUGUGGGGCAAGCCAGCAGCGACGGCGCAGGCCGACGUCGACAUGACGGCCGACGUCGACGACGACGACGACCUCAACCAGCAAGAGGCCGAUGCGCGGCGCAAGGGCCUCGGCUCGGUAUGGGCCGUCGGCGACAUGCAGACGCUCAGCGUGUGGGACGCCGACAAGUUUGAUCCGCUCCUCGACCCGGUCGACGUGCGCUCCUCGACGUGCCUGCGCCCGGCGUGGACGACCGACUACAUCAUCGACGCGCACUGCACCUCGCACCUCGCGUCGUCCGCCUCGUCGGCGACGGGGGGCGUGACGCUCUACGUGGGAACGACGGAGGGCUCGUUCUCCAUCCUCACGGCGUCGCCGGAAGGAGCGGGCGGGUGGAGGAUGGAGGCCCUCUUCCCACAGGCGGCCGCGGGUGCCGUCGGAGCGGCCGCGGGCGGGCACAGCGACAUUGUGCGCUGCGUCGACUACGACCCGGCCUCGCGCAUCCUCUACUCGGGCGGCGAGGACGGGCGGCUGUGCAUGUGGCGCCUCGCGGGCGCCGACGACGACGGCGGCGACGAGGCCGAUGGCGCGGCGACCCAGAUCCGGCAGUCGAUGGGCGGCGCUGCAAUGGACCAGGCUCCGGCGGCGGGGACCGCGGCGUUCCUGGGCGCGAUCCGGGCAGGAGGGGGGCGCGGGAUGUCGGAAUCGAGCGGCGGCGCGAGGGGCGGCGCGAGGUCAGAGUCGGCGCACACGGGGCGCAGCCAGAGGUGGAAGCCGUACGGCUGA